AUGGAAGAAACAGCCAACCCUCUACCGUACGAAAUAUGGAAACAGAUCUCCUGUUACCUCAAAGACAAGCAGCUUCGCCGAAUAAUGUCGGCACAUCGUGCGUUCUACGAUACCGCUAUGGAUAGGCUAUACAGGGAGAUCGAUUGGCAAAAGUUCGACGAAGACGUAGUGAAGACGCUGAUCUGCAUGUCUUGUAAUCCGGCACUCGCAUUACGAGUUCGAACAUUGCAUGUUGCUGCACCCGUAUUGAUAGCGCUUUACGGCACCCCGUCGGAUGGAGCGAAGACCAUUAUCGCGAACCUCUCGUCUCACUACAUAGACCGGGUCAAAGAAGGGCUUGGAAAGGGGAAGCCGGAGACAACAAUGCAAGUCGAAAAGUUGAAGAUGAAAAUCGAAGCCAGAAAGCCCUGUAAUGGCAGAGAAAUGAUGGAAACGGCGUUGUCUAACAUGGUCAAUAUUCAGACGUGUACUUUUAACUCCACCCAAGCGCCAGCGACUGCAGAACCUCUCAUCCGCGUGUUACAGAAGACCCUCUCGCAAUGCGUACGCAAACUGGUGCUCGAAUGCAGUAGAGUCUACGAACUACAAACACUAGUCAACACGACCUUCCAACUCAAAUGCAUCGAAGACCUCUCUGUCAUCCUAAGGUUCCACCCCGACAGCUCGCCGACUCAGCGCCAUUCGGAUCAGAAGUUCCUGGCCAAUCGGUUGGCACCUUUUGUCAAUGCACUGCACCCUACCCUUCGGUCCUUCUCUAUAAAUGCCGCUCGUGGGGUAGAUUAUUCCACCUUCCUCGACGCCCUCGACGUCUUCCCGCAUCUACACCAGUUAUCUCUUCAACUGGACUUCGAUGAUAAAAAGCCAUCAGAGCCAAACACCCUUAUUCAAUUCCUCCGUGAUAAUUCCUCUCAACUUACUAGUGUCACGCUACAUCCGUCAUCUUCGUCCGAUUGUCCGUGGGGCGUGUUCACAAGCCAGUUGGAAUUAGAUCCUCAAAUAUUCUCCAAUCUGCGAAGUCUAACAAUCGUUGAUCCUCCGCAUGACCUCAAGUUCGUAUACUCCUUGAUUGAACGGUCAAAGGACACGUUGAAGUGCCUACGCGUGGAAAAGUGUCAUUUGGAUUUACCGCAAAUCAGGCAAUUGGGUUCAACUCUUGGACCAACUCCCGUUGUAUCGCUCGGACUCGAAGUUGAUUCACUCAGCCCCGCUGUGCUGGACCUUCUUUUCAAGGAACUCCCAACUUUGGAAUCUCUCAGCAUAGUAUUUGACGAAGUUCUUAGCACGCGCCUUAAUAAUCAAGGCGAAUUUGUCAACUUCGAUAUCAAUACUGGACACUCCUGGCCAUUCCAAAGAUUUACCAACACUAUGAGAGCCGGUCGUUACCGUGGCUGGUCUCUUUCAAAGCUCAGUCUCGAGUCUCGUUCAUACAGCGAGGAGUAUGUUAGACAUAUCCUACAUUCCGUUGCCGAUGCCACGUUUAAACUUUCCACGGUGAAUGGAAAGUCUUUGAAGGCUACCGGCUAUCACGGAAUGACCCCUCAUUAG